AAGAAAACCUUAUUAAAAGUGGCGGGGGCAUCGAAUAGUAAUGGGAAAGGGGGACGACAAGCAGCCCCGGUGGACGUGGGAUCGCCCCUGCUUGAUUGGGAAGAAGGUGAUCACUUCAGUUUCGAAGACUCUGAACGUUUCGAAGAAGAUUCUCUUUGCAGCUGGAGUUCAGAACCUGAAAGCUUGUGUAAUAACUGGCGUGGGUGGCGGCGACCAAACUUACAGAACUCAUUUGGAGCUCGCUCUACAAAAAAGACCGUUCAAGCAGAAAAGACAGUAUCUACAUUAAGCGAGCUGGCGGCCAAGUGUGUUGCUUGUCAUAUACCUUUUGAGUUAGUAGAAAAUGUUUACCCACCCGUACCAGAACAAUUACAACUUCAAAUUGCAUUCUGGAGCUUCCCAGACAGUGAAGAUGACAUUAGACUUUACUCUUGUUUGGCAAAUGGAUCAGCAGAUGAAUUCCAGAGAGGAGAGCAUCUAUUCAGAGAUAGAGCUGUUAAAGAUGUUUUACAAAUUGGUUUUCAUUUAUCUGCCACAGUUGUACUUACUAUGCCUCGUGCCCAAUUUAAUGUCGCAGUAACGUUUGACAGACAGAGAAUUUCAUCAUGUAACUGUACUUGUUCAUCUACAGCACACUGGUGUUCACAUAUUGUAGCUGUAUGUCUGUACAGAAUUCAUUUGCCUACACAAGUAUGUCUUCGUGCACCUGUAUCUGAAUCAUUACAAAGGUUAAGAAGAGACCAACUGCAAAAAUUUGCACAGUAUCUUAUAUCGGAACUACCUAGACAAAUACUUCCGACGGCACAGCGUAUUCUGGAUGAAUUACUGUCUGCCCAACCAAAUCAGAUAAACACGACUUGCGGGGCGCCAGAUCCGACCGCUGGAGCAUCAGCCUACGAAUACACAUCCUGGUUCUUAGAUGAAAAGACCUUGCAUAACAAUAUCAAUAAAAUAUUAGUGAAGUUUUGUGUUCCAGCUCCUAUUGUUUUCAGUGAUGUAAAUUACCUAAGCACAAGCGCACCACCAGCGGCAUCUGAAUGGUCAUCUCUCCUUAGACCUCUAAGAGGGAGGGAGCCAGAAGGAAUGUGGAAUUUACUCUCUAUAGUUAGAGAAAUGUUCAAGAGAAACGAUAGAAAUGCUAUACCCCUGCUCGAGAUAAUAACGGAAGAAGUUAUGGCUUGCGAACAGAUCAUUAUAUGGUGGUAUACGACGAAGGCAUCCUUAGUGGCUUGGGGUGGUGGAACAGGAGGUAAACAUGGCGGCGGUUCAGGCAACUCAUCAGCCCAGCACGCCUGUUCAUCUCUCUGUGAUGAGGUGGUUGUAUUGUGGCGACUCGCUGCGUUGAACCCUGCGCUCGCGCCGCACGAACGGGACACACUGCACGAACAAUUCGUUCAGUGGCAUUCCAAAGUACUUGAUAAGGUAGCGAAGAAUCGUAACAACCACAUAGGCACAUCCUCUUCGUCUUCGUCGUCACAUUCGCGGCACCCGAGAUCGCAUUCGCAUCCCCCUUACAUCAAUGGGAUCAGCGAGAACGAAGUAUUUCCCGGCUUCACUCCGGCCAUGGAGGCCUGUUUCCUCGAGUGGGAUGAUUACCCAAUUCCCGGAGUGACCUACACGAAAGACUUGAAUCCCUUGUAUCAUAGUCCGUUCACUAUUUUCCGCCACGCCGAUAAGCAAAGCGAAAACGUUCAUCAGGUGAAUUCAUCAAAAGCAGUACUUAACAAUGAAAUGUCAUUAAGCUAUAGACUGACAAAUCCCGAUCCGUCUCAUGUACACAGAAAUUUAAUGCACAAAAUUAGUAGAAUUAGUGUUGAUUUGGCUGUGCCGGGAACAUCAAGUCAGCCGUGUGGGUCCGGACAAGGACCCAGUGGUGGGCCCCGUGAUGGCAGCGGUCACAGCGAUGGCAAUCACUCUAGUGUAUCAUCGGAAGGUUUCUGUGAGAACGAAGAGGAGAUGCAGGCGAGCGGCGGCGACACAGAUUCUCACUCGUCGAGCUCCCCGAGCGCCUCGUCCGACGACGCCACACGGCGCAUCUCGCAGGACGACUCUGUGUCCGACGACGAGUGUCAGCUGUACUACUACGACUCGGCGGCCGCUAGACGCCUCGAACUUAACUCUGCCUCAGGCGGCGGCACUAGUUCGUCGUGGACGGCGUCUGGCUGGGAGUGCGGCUGGGAGGUGCAGUUCGCCCGCGCGGAGGGUCUGCAGGCGCACGGGCGGGCGCGGGAGGCGAGCGCGCUGGGGGCGGCGCUGGCGCGGGAGCUGCUGGCGCGGCCGCCCGUGCUGCACGCGCCGCACGACCCGCGCCGGCCCCGCAAGAAGCACGCCGUCUCGCCGCGCCUCUGCGCCGCCUCGCACCGCCUCUCCUGUCUCGCCUCCGCCACGCUCGCCAAGUGCGCAUUCCUCUGCACGGUCCUGGCUGAGUUUAGUGAACAUCACGAACUUGCAUUCAGAGUGGGUUUGUUCGCAUUAGAAAUGGCGCGUCCGCCGGCGAGCACUAAAGCGCUUGAAGUCAAGUUAAAUAAUCAAGAGACCGAGUUGGUGGCUUUACUUAAGAAGCUACCCACUGGGGCGGAACAAUUGACAUUGGCCCGAGAAAAGGCGGAGCAACUACGCGAUGGAGUUCUGAAGAACCGAGGUCCAGCUCUUUUGCCGAUUGCCUUGGCGAGUUUCCUAUUCGAAGUUCUUGUACUGUCUGCGACUGAUAAAGAAAACAAACACCCUGCAAGGUUAACAUCUGACGAAAUGCUCGGAUUCGAAGCAGCCGUGGCGGCGUUGGGACUGAAAGCGAAUGUUUCUGAAGCAGAACACCCUCUAUUAUGCGAAGGCACGAGGCGGCAAAGAGGAGAAUUAGCUCUAACAUUGUUAUCGUUUUACAAGGACGAUCCUGUUAAGUUGGCUAGAAUUAUGAAUAAGUUGUUGGACCGCGACAUCCACCAGCUGACGAAGGGCCCGAUGGUGAGCAUGUACUACAUGAACAACCCGCGGCUGGCGGCGUACCGCUCGGACGUGUCGGCCGUGCCGCUGUAUCCGCCGCUGUACCCGCCGCACGCGCACGCUCACCAGCAUCAGCAUACGAUCCCGCACCCGAUUCCAAUCCCGCCGCCGUGCAUACCGCCGGUGCCAGUGCAGGUCCAGUGCCCACUGGUCAGCGACAUGGAGCGUCUGUCGUUAUCGGAGGGUGGGCCGUCCCCGCCGUCGCACCUGCACAUGCACACGCACGCUCUACACGCGCCUCACGUCACGCACGUGUCGCACACUACACACGUGCCGCACACCACACACGGACAGCACAACACGCACGUGUCGCACGUGACUCAUGUGCCCCACACGCCUCAUUCGUCUCACGUGCCGCACACGACCCACGUGCUGCAAACAACGACCCACGUGCCCCACACGACUCACGUACCGCACACUACGCACCUGCCGCACACCUCGCACGUGCAGCACACGUCACACGUGCAGCACUCGUCGCAUUCGCAGCACACUACGCACGGUCCGCACAGUUCGCACACGUCACACGGACAGCCACACAUGUCGUCUCACGUAGCCAUCACCAGAUCGAAGGAUUCAAGAUAUAAAGGAAAACGUCAAUAUCCGUCCGUGCCAAAUCAACCCUCGGAGGCAUCCGCCCAUUUUAUGUUCGAACUUGCGAAGUCUGUGUUGUUCAAAGCCGGCGGUUCGUCCAGUACCAGUCUAUUCACGCAGACGUCAUGCGCCAGAGAGCACCAUGGACCACAUCGGGGUUUACAUAUGGCGGCGUUUCAGUUAGGCCUAUACGCACUAGGCCUACUAAACUGCGUGAGCGCAAAUUGGCUCAGCCGGACGUAUUCGUCUCAUGUUAGUUGGAUCACAGGGCAAGCAAUGGACAUCGGAGCUCCAGCUAUUUUAUUCUUAAUCAAUGCUUGGGAAGGACAUUUGACGCCGCCAGAAGCGGCCAGUAUUGCUGACAAGGCGUCGUCCGGUCGCGACGUGCACACGGUGCGAGCGGCCGCGGAGCUGGCGCUGUCGGUGCUGCCGCACGCGCACGCGCUCAACUUCAACGAGAUACAGCGAGCCGUGUUGCAGUGCAAGGAGCAGAGUGACUCAAUGCUCGAACGUGCCUGUCUCAUAGUCGAGGAAGCGGCCAAAGGCGGCGGCGUGUACCCGGAGGUGCUGUACACCGUGGCGCGGUACUGGCACGAGCUGUACCUGCGCCAGCCGGGCGACGAGGCGGAGCACGACGAGCCGCAGUACCGGCCGGCGCCCCUCCCCGCGCCGCUGCCCGUGCCCUACCCCAUCCCGUACCCGUUCACGUACCACGCCUACCCGCCUCCCAUAUACCAGCUGCAGUAUGGCGGCGCGGGAGGAGCGCAGUACGCAUUGCCGCCGCCGUAUUUCGUACGUGGAAUAGCGCCACCGCCCAUAGCUGUCAACGUCAGCGUGCAUUCCACGCACGCGCCCCCGCUAGCGGCGCCGCUGCCCCCGCCGGCCCCCGCGCCCCCCGCGCCGCCCCCGCCCGCGCCCGCCAACAGCAGCUCGCCCAGCAACCAGGCACAGCUGCGCCGCCUGCUCUCCGCCUACAGGGUCGGCAUGCUCGCCCUCGAAACUCAAGCGAGGCGCGUACACGACGAUAGACCCCAGAACAAGUUCGGCAGAAACCCGCCGUACGGCGAGCACGUGAAGUGGUUGCUGCGGAUCUCGAAGCAGCUGGGCACGCAGUACCUGCACCAGUUCUGCGUGAGCGCCGUGAACUCGGUGGUGUCGCCCUUCGUGCUGUACGAGCUGUGCGUGGAGUCGGCGCACUGGCUGGCGCGCGGCGGCCCGCACCACAUGGUCAUGCAGCACCUGCGCGGCACGCUGGCGCCGCUCGUGCACAAGUGCCAGCAGAUGUACAUUCAGUGUAUACAUCAAAAAUUGUAUCAUCUGAACGCAGUCGAGUACGAAGAGUUCGUUAGCAUCGUUCUGUCCGCCCGCACGGCCUUCCAGCUCACCCCCGAAGGGAACACGCAGUUCAAGGAAUGGCUGGCUUCAUUGCGCAGGUCUAAGUCGUGCAAGAAGGACCUGUGGACCCAGCUCAAUGCGGCCCUGCAGACGAACGGCAAAUGACGUCGGCAGCCGAUAGUUUGUACGACGCGGUGCGCCGCCGGCAAACUGUCAUUCCACAGGCGAUGGCCGCGAUGUCGGCUCUACUACCAUCUGCACACUCUCUAACUCUAGAUAACCCGUGUUAUUUGUAAUUUAAGUACUUAAUUAUAAUAAAUAUAAAAAUAGAGCGAACGCGAUUUCGUAGCGCACGAACGUCUGCAAUGAAAUGACGAGGAUAAUUAAAAAGACUUAUUACCGAACGUUGACGACUCGUCGUUUUCCUUGCAGUUUUGUCUGCUUUAGUUAAUCAAAAUUUAAGGUUUCGAAGCGUAUUUUUAUAUUAGAUUAUUAACGAAGAAUUAGAUAUAGUUAAGAUCGCCUUUAGAGUUUAGCCAAUCGAUUAUAUCGAUCGAUCGAUGGAUUAAUAACGAAUGAUAAAGCAAAAAAGUCGGUUCGGCACACUGAUGUGUAUCCCUUGUAGUUAAAGAGUAUUUAAAUGUAAGGCUGUAACUUAAAUUACAAAUAAUACAAUCUGGUCACACUAAAAUAAUAGUAAUGAAUAGUUAUACAUCUUAGAAAUAGUAUAGACGCUCCUUUUGAGGGUAAACGAUCUCAAUAAAAAAUGAGGACUACAGAGAUAACUGCAGAUAUGUUGCUCGUUUGAGAGCUAGUGUACUUGUCUGUUCAUUGUUUUAUGGCGCAAAAAGAGACACUUGCAACAAUUCAGAUUUAUCAUAAAACAUUAAUGCUAGAAUUUCCUUGUUUAAUUUAAUAAAAUAAAUAUUGAAGCUCAUUAUAAGGUUGUGCGUUGUAGGCAUGCAAUUCGGUUGUAGUUGAUUUCUUAUGAGACUAAGAACGACCGAUCACGCAGAGGAGUUGAUGAAACAUCUUUCUAAAUUUUUUCUCUUGUUUCUAAAUGCAGAACAUCAGAGUUGUGUGUUGAAAGAUUGGUCCCAUUUUUUUUUCAAAUAAUGACAGGUCCAUUCUCUCUUCUUAAUCGUUUUUCAUCGAUAUUAACUCAACUAGUCAGUGGUCUUAGGAAACGGUUAUUUAAAAAAAAAUUAAUAUCUAUGGAUCCUCAAUAUUUAAUAGCUCUUUUUUUUCUAAUUUAACUUAAUCCGUCUUGAAACGGUCCGCUAGUCUGAUUUUAUUGUUUACUCUGAUAAACAAACAAACUUUUAACUUGGGCGUUUUAUUCAAAGUUUCAAGUAACCAGUCUAUUUGUUAACAAAAUUAAGUUACAGAUAAAAAAAAAAAAUUAAUCAAAAAAGGCAAGAGCAACAGGAAAGAAGCUCAAAGAAAAAUAUGCACAAAAGUUUCCAUAAAAAUAAAUAAUGUUCUAUAAAAAAAGGUAUUUGUCUAUUACCAAGUAUUAUAGAUUAAGUAAUGAUUAAAACAAAAUUCUGUAAAUCUUACAAAAAUUAAAACUAAAAAAACCGUACGCCUCUGAUGAAAGAAAUAUUUCUCAUUUUUUUAAUGAUAUAACAAUUAUUGAAUUUUUAAUAAUCUAUGUUCAUUGUUGAGGUACAAAAUUGCUAAAAAAAUUCAUGAAUCCGAUUUGAAAUUUUGUGUUAUUUUUUUUAAGGAGCCAUCUCUAAAGUUUGCAAAUUAUAAAAAAAAAAUGUAAUCAAUCUGUCGGCAGUGCAACUAUGUUCGCUGCUUUUGGAUAUUGAGAUGUUUUUAAUGCCUGUUUGAGUAGAUUCAUUCCUCAGAUACACGUUUUAACUUCAACAAGUUGUUACAGAUUUUUUUGUUACAGCGCUAUGAUCUAGUACAUACUACUAAUUUUAUACGCAUGUCAUGCUUACGUGUAAAGGGCUGCUUGCAUUAAAUUUUAAUAUAUUUACACUAUUUUUUUGAAAUCCGAUAUAAGAAGUAAAGUGGACAACUCAAUUGAGAUGUAUUUAAAGAAUUUUAUUUUUCAUCAACCGAUAGGAAAUUUCAAAAUAAAAUGGUCUUUGCAAGCAUAAAGACUUCAAAACUAGCCGCCCUAAAAUAAUACAAAUCCGUAAAAGAAUAAUAGUAAAUUUUAACCCAGAAUUCCUUUUAUUUAUAUCUUUAUGCGCUUACAUGAACAUGUCCUCGUAGCAAAUUAUUUAAAAGAUCUCUUCUAGUAAAAACUAAGUUAUCUUCGUCGCUCAUUAAAUCAGGUCUCAUUUUAUCUUUUAGUUCACAAAAAGGUACAUUCUGAACCUUCGUUAUAAAGUUACGGUGCCGCGGCGUUAUUAAAAUAAAAACUAAUAUUUAAAUUAAUUAUAACAAAAAAUAUAUAUAGAAUUAAAAAUUGACCUAAAAACGAAUAUUAGAAUGUUACUCUUUUGAAAGAAUGUUUGUAUUUCGACACUGCUGUCGAGACACGAAUACGCUUUUUGCCUAAAUUCAGGCUUAUUGUGAAUAUAUUUCCAAUAUACCUACUCGAUAUGAAUUGAAAAGUUGGCUUAAUUAACAAGAGCCAAUUCGUAUGUAUGUUAAUUCGUAAUUGGCGUAAAGGACAUUGAGUGACUUAAAACUUUUUAGUGAAAUGUCAUUAGACUACAAAAAGUAUUAAUACGGAAUGUAGCCGGAGACCGUUGAAAAGCACAACUAUUUUUGAUAUUCUCUUGUGGAAAUUUGCAGAUUUCAGUGAGUUACACAGUUCACGUGUUGGCGUCUCGCGAAGAUAAAUUUAGACGUUCGUUUGAUUCAUAGUACUUUAUUUACACAUUUAUAAUUAUAUUACUAUUAUUAUAUUAUUAUUAUUAUUAUUAUAUUGUAAUGCGUAGUGGUAUCUUGAGAGCCUUUAAAAAUAACAAAAAUAUUAAUAUUUUGCGACACGAGUGCUGGCAACAAAAAGAAACUACCCGAUUGUUAUUUUAGAUCAUUCAGAAGUAUUUAUAUCAGUAUCGGUAUUUUUGUCAGAUAGGUAAGUAAGUGAUUCGAAUAUAGCGCUAAUUAGAUUACGAACUGUCAACGGUAAAUUUGUGUAAGAAGUGGAUAAUAUUUGAAAAGACUAAGUAAUUAAGUACGUGUAUUCGACGUCGUCGAGAAAACUGGCGUAAUAAAAAUUAUUGAUAUGACUUUAUAACAUUAGUUAAGAACUUACGAUCACUCUUUAAUUAAAUAAGAUCUUCCAACUAUAAAGCAAUAUUAAAAUAUCAUUUUAUUGUAAUUUUAGAAAUUUAUAUCAAUGUAGCGGUCUUUUAGAUGUGGUUGGGUCGUUCGUAUUUAGAUGUUUUGCUAAAUUAUUGUCGAUAAUAAAAGUAUAUUAUCUACUUGUACGGCGUAGUACAUUAUUGAUAACAUGUUAAUGAACGUUUACUUAAGUCGUACAAUUAAAUCAUUAUUUAUUCGAAAGCUAAAGUUGCUCAAUUCGAAUAUAACACGUACCGACUUCAACGUACCUAUUGUAUUACAUGUGCCUUGACGUGUCACACUGUUAACAAGAUGUAUCUCUUGAAGUUAUACAAAGUUAUUUGUAUUUCAGCUGUGUUCAUUACGUAAAGUGCUUUUUAAGGUUUUACACGAUUUUUCAUCCAACGCAAAAGGUUGUCUAUGGUCAAGCGACUCUUAUUGGAGUGCAGACCUGCCACUUGCAACGUAAAACAAAAGAACGAAUAAACGGUUGAUCAAAUUAUUCAUGUUAAUAGUAUAUUUAAUAACGAUAGAAUAAUAUUAAAGGUUAAUGUUUAUCGUCGUGAUCAAAUGUAUAUAACUAAUGCAAAGGAAGUUACAGAGUCAGGAACAAAAAUAUAAAGACAUUGAAAAGACGAGACGUUGCCAGCCUCGGUGUCGGUUAGAUUUAGUUUAAUAUCUUUAUAAAUUUAGAAGUUUACAUGCGUUGAUUAAAGUGUCGGACAUAUGAAUGCUUUCCAGCAUUCGGUAGAUAGUAAAAUUUAGAAUGCUAGUUAGUAUAAUUGUCAUUCUUUACAAGUUGAAUUGAAAGCUAAAUUAAAUAUUUUUCCUCGAGUUACGACCGAUAUCUUUCAGAUUCAAUAUAAAAAUUCUUAAAAGUUUCACGUUUGAAUUUUAUGAAGCACCAAAUCGCCACGGUUUUUAGCUGUAGCGUGUUCGUUAGUUUAAAUAAUAAACAGCACUUUAAGAGUUUGAAAGGCAUUUUUUUAUUGUGCAAGGGAACUAUAUUUUAAUGGCCUAAACAGGUUACCGAUUUAUAUUAUUUUUCAACAUAUCGAUCGCAUAACUUACCUAUAAUCGGUCGUUUAAAAUUAAAAUAAAACAGAUUGGGGUCCCAUAUUAAGCGAAUUUGUUCCUUUGCAAAAAAAAAGAAAACACAUAGUACUUACCAUUAAAAAAUAUCAUAAAUUGAAUUUGCCGUCCAUAAUUGUUUUGCACAUCAUCCUAAGUAGAUUAUUAAAGAUAAUAUUGUCUACUGUUUUCUUUUAGAUUAAUAUUUUGAACUGCAAAAACUGCUCUUUGGGCAUUAUUAACAAUUUUUUGAGUAUAGUUUGUUGGAAGGUUUCUCUUUACAUCAAAAGUGCUUUGAGGUUUUGUCUUGAAAAAAGAAAAAGUAAAAAAAAAAACUAUUUUUACACUUAAAGCGUAUUUAAAGUGAAAAAAAAAAGAUAUCGUUAGUUUCGUAUAUAUAAUGUUAGUGUCUACGAAGCAUAUUUUAUUUAGUCGUUUAAUGCAUGUUUGUAGAGUUGUAAUUCGCCCAGAUUGCAGAGUCGUAUGGCGUUUCACAUAUAACCGCCGUGUUCUAAAUGAUUUGCAGUUCAAGACUCAUCUAUCAAGACAUUAGUUAUGCAAAAAAUAUAAUGCCUAAUCAAUAACAUUUUUGUUUUAAUAGGGCCUUAUAAUGUGAAACUCGUUUAUAUAUCUAGAGGUAGUUUGUGAGCGAGACAUACAUACAAGAAUACUAUAGAUUUUUAUUUAAUAUUAGAAUCAGUCAAAAUAUGGUUAUAGAUUGAAUCAAGCUAAUUAAUAUUAACUCUUUGACUGCCGUGUAGGUCACCGGUGUCCUACGCGGCGCACUGAACUAAUUAUGUCGCGUAUUUUUUUCCUAUCUAUGCUGAUAGCCUUGAGAGGCUAUUUCAGCUUCUCCUUGACGUGUAGAUGAGCUUACGGGCCUCAAACCGGGAGUAUUGCUAGCACUGGCCCUAGCAAGAGCAGUGCUUCGCAGAAUCUACCACGUGUGCCGCGUAGGGUACCGGUGAUCUACACCGCAGUCAAAGGGUUAAAUAAAUGUUAAAAUUUUGAGUUUUCAUUCAUUGUCAUUGUAUGUCUCUUACAUUUCUUCGUCCAUAGAAACUGGGAUAUGCCCGUUUCGUUUGUAAACGUAAGGAACGUGGGCUGAUGUUAUUGAAUUAUGUGUUGUAAUACUCAAGGCAUAGCGUGUCAUAUACUACGUAGCAUCACAGUCAGUUAUAGGUAACGGCGAUAUUGUAGCAAGUCUGUUUAGUUCUAAAACGAAGAUGCAUAAUUAAUUUUAUACAUCUGGUAUUAGUAGUUUAAUUGUUACACUUUAUAAGUGUAUUGUCUCCGCCUAUUAAAAUGUGUAAUCAAUACCGUUACUGAGAGAAGUGUGUAUUAAGAAAUCUACGGAUACAUCGUUAAAAGUUUUACUGUCCAUACUGUCACGUAUUUGUUUGGUUAUUAGACUGUUUCCAAUUUAAAAAAAAAACCUCAAUCUCAGAGAAAAAAAACAGCGAGCGAUAGUUUUUUUUUUAAAUUUCAUAAUUCCUUUAUUAAAACAAACACUUCUGUAUUCGCUUUGUAUCAGCUUCGUUUGAUUUUGCCGUCGACCACGUUCACGGUCGCCUUGCUCGACGUAAGACCGAACGCCCCGCUUCGAACGAAACAAUACAAAUAUGGAUAGUAAAAUCGAUCGACUGUGGUAUGGGUCGCAAAACAAUCGAGAUUCGUGUUUCUUUAACCUGUCUGUUAAAUGUUACCAGCCUUCGAUUUGUUUUGAGACAUUCUGCUUAAAUAUAGAAGUGCCCGUUCAUUAAAAUGUUUAUUAAAUAUUAUAUAUACAUCUCGCUCCGUUGUCGCAAAGGGUUGUAAUUAUAAAUAUAUAGUUAAUAUUAGUGAAAUAAUACUGUUUUGCACGAUUUUUUGGUUUGACCGUCUGUCUGUCUACUCGAGUUCUCGUCCUUUAAGCAAGUGUGCACGUUUUUAAAUACUCUUUUAUUUAUCGUCACUAUAUUUCAGUUGACACAUUGUGUUCUAUGAUCAGCAAUUUAUUAUUAUCAGUUGUUUGGUAUUUUAUUUGGUAUUCGAUUUCGCUAUAAUAUUUUGUACUUGUAUACUUUGAACUCGAAAUAUUUUGACCUCUACAGUGUUUCAUUUUACUAUUACGAUUACACAUAUUAUAAGUCCUUUUGGCAACAUAUUUGAAGUAACAUUAUUUAAUUAUUCAAUAUACUUAUUAAAUAUUUAAGAA